AUGACAGGUCCAUCCAUUCAAGAUCGCACGAGCGAGUUCAGCUCAAUUUUGGGUCAGGCCCAAAGGCGCCUGGGUACUUCAAAGGUCGGGUCUCAGCGCCAGGCGUUGUUGACCGAUGCCCAGCGACAACAGGCAAAUGGCUCACCAUCGGGGCUCCCAAAUACAAAGGCAGGCAGAUCGGAGUUUGCGCGUCGGGCGAGAGAUAUUGGAAAGGGAAUCACUGGAACCACCGCGAAGUUGCAACGACUGGCAGAAUUGGCCAAACGAAAAACCCUCUUCGAUGACCGACCCGUCGAGAUCUCAGAAUUGACUUAUGUGAUCAAGCAAGACCUGGCGGCGUUGAACCAGAACAUCGCUUCCUUGGCAUCAUUCACUCAAUCGCAACAUCCCAAAGCAACCCGCUCCAAGAUGGACCAAGAAGGAGAGCACAAUGAUAACGUGGUUGUGAUGCUGCAAGGAAAACUGGCCGAUGUAGGAGCCAACUUCAAGGAAGUGUUGGAGGUGCGCACGAAAAACAUACAAGCAUCUCGCUCUCGAACCGAGAACUUCGUUUCCUCUGUAUCAUCGAAAUCACAAAAUGCCCUUGACUCGCAACGGUCCGAUUCCCCUCUAUACAACCCGUCUGGGAGACGGACACCCCAACCAGGCUAUCAAGGAAACUCCUCAGAUCUCUUGACUCUCGAUCCCUCCAACCCCUCUCCACUGGGACGCCCCUCGAUGCAAUCUGAUCAACAACUCUUGGUUAUGGAGGAAGCCCAAUCCAGCAAUACAUACAUCCAGGCCCGUGGUGAAGCCAUUGACGCCAUUGAACGAACUAUUAGUGAAUUGGGCGGUAUCUUCGGUCAGCUGGCCACUAUGGUCAGCGAACAGUCCGAAAUGAUUCAACGUAUCGAUGCCAAUACGGACGACGUGGUGGAUAAUGUGCAAGGAGCUCAGCGAGAAUUGAUGAAGUAUUGGACCCGCGUGUCCGGCAACCGAUGGCUCAUCGCCAAAAUGUUUGGCGUUCUGAUGAUCUUCUUCCUUCUUUGGGUAUUGAUUUCGGGAUAG